AUGGUUGGCAUUAAGCAACUCUCUCUGGGGGCAACCCUCAUACUCAGCCUCGCUCAGAAUGCUGUCUCUUAUACAACUGAAGCCGUUGUGGAGGAGCGAGAUCUCGAGAUUCGCAAGGGAGGUGGCGGUGCAGGGUCUCGUGGUAGUAGCGGCGGGCACGCUUCUGGCACAACGAGUAACGGUUUCUCCGGCUACCAACCCUCUCCUGCUAGACCAGCUAGCAGCAAAGGCAAGCGAGGCCUUGAGAUUCGUAAGGGAGGUGGUGGUGCAGGCCCUCGUGGCAGCAGCGGCGGCCACGCUUCUGGCACAACUAGCAACGGCUUCGCCGGUUAUCAACCAUCUCCUGCUAGACCUUCAAGCAGCAAGGGCAAGCGAAGCCUUCAGAUCCGCAAGGGAGGCGGUGGCGCCGGACCUCGUGGCAGCAGCGGCGGCCAUGCCUCUGGGACUAUUAGCAACGGUUUCGCCGGUUAUCAACCUUCUCCUGCUAGACCGUCUAGCAGCAAGGGCAAGCGAAGCCUUCAGAUCCGCAAGGGAGGUGGCGGUGCCGGCCCUCGUGGAAGCAGUGGUGGACACGCUUCUGGAACCACCAGCAAUGGCUUUGCUGGCUAUCAGCCUUCACCUGCAAGACCCUCCAGCAGCGGUAAGGGCAAGCGAAGCCUUGAGAUUCGUAAGGGUGGUGGUGGUGCAGGUCCUCGUGGCAGCAGCGGCGGCCAUGCUUCUGGGACUACUAGCAACGGCUUUGCUGGCUACCAGCCUUCUCCUGCUAGACCGGCUAGCAGCAAGGGCAAGCGAGGCCUCAGAUAUGAAUAG